CCAUUUUCUUGGCAGUUUCCACCGAACAAAAUUCUCUCCUUUUUGUCAUAGGAAGACCCCAUGGACUAGACUCUGGAGUCUGGAGUCCUACACGGUGGCAUUUUUGGGCCAUGAAAGUCUUUUUCUUUUCCCUCACUUUCUCAAUUCUCGCCCACCCAACACACACCCCAAAACAGAAUUGCGAUUUUUGUUGAUCGCUUAGCCUUUAUGAAAGCGAAGGUACACGUAGUCUUCCUCCUAUUGAUGAAGUUAGGUGAUCCAUGUGACGGGUGUUGAGUUGUAUCCUGGCGUUGAGAUUUCAAAGCUGAGAGGCUGUUUAAAGUUUGGUGGAUUGGGAUACCUAGUGAUGGCUCAAGAAGAAGACCCAUAUACUUCCACGGAAAGGAAGGGAAGUCCAGUCUGCAUUUUCUUUAAAGAUGCUAGGCUUGUUCUUAAAUUAGAUGAACUUGGUACAGAGAUAGCUCAGAUUGCGUUGCCUGCAGCACUGGCUUUGACAGCUGACCCUAUUGCCUCCCUGGUUGACACAGCUUUCAUAGGACAAAUUGGCCCAGUCGAACUUGCUGCUGUGGGAGUUUCUAUUGCUUUAUUUAAUCAAGUAUCAAGAAUCGCAAUAUUCCCACUUGUCAGUGUAACCACCUCCUUUGUUGCUGAAGAGGAUGCGAUUGGGAGAGCAAGCCCUGAUUCGCAAGAGGGCGAGGACUUGGAAACAGGUUCAACUGCAAACAUCGAAACUAAAGAGUUGAUACCACAAAAUGGUUCUACUGAGGAUGAGGGAGCACAAAAGUUGCAACCUUUUUCCAGCAGCCUUGAUAUUGCAAAAUACGACAAUGAAAGACGACAUAUUCCAUCAGCCUCAUCAGCAUUGGUUAUUGGUGGCAUCCUUGGUCUUAUCCAAGCCAUAUUCCUCAUAUCGGGAGCUAAACCUCUGUUGAGCUUCAUGGGAGUGAGCUCUGAUUCACCUAUGCUUAACCCUGCACAAGAGUAUCUGACAUUAAGGUCCCUAGGGGCUCCUGCAGUUCUCCUCUCAUUGGCCAUGCAAGGAGUCUUCCGUGGAUUUAAGGACACAAAAACUCCUUUGUAUGCCACCGUGGCUGGAGAUGUAACAAACAUAAUCUUGGACCCAAUCUUCAUGUUUGUCUUCCGUCUUGGAGUUAGUGGUGCGGCCAUUGCUCAUGUCAUAUCUCAGUAUUUGAUUUCAAUCAUACUCUUCUGGAGAUUAAUGCAGAAAGUUGAUCUCUUACCUCCCAGUAUAAAACAUCUGCAAUUUGGUCGAUUUCUUAAAAAUGGCUUUCUACUGUUGCUUAGGGUGAUAGCUGUGACAUUCUGUGUAACCCUUGCUGCAUCAAUGGCUGCACGACAAGGAUCCAUACCCAUGGCUGCAUUCCAGGUCUGCUUGCAGGUUUGGUUGGCAACUUCUCUUCUUGCCGAUGGCUUGGCUAUCGCUGGUCAGGCAAUUCUUGCUAGUGCAUUCGCAAGAAAAGACUAUGGCAGGGCCACGGCAACUGCAUCUAGAGUAUUGCAGUUGGGAUUGGUUCUAGGGUUGAUGCUUGCUGUCAUACUUGGACUGGGAUUGCAUGUAGGAGCAAGAUUAUUCACAAAGGAUACCAAUGUCCUCCAUCUCAUUAGUAUAGGCAUUCCGUUUGUAGCAGCUACUCAACCCAUCAAUUCCUUGGCAUUUGUUUUCGAUGGCAUCAACUUUGGAGCAUCUGACUUCGCGUAUUCUGCAUACUCCAUGGUUACGGUGGCUAUUGUCAGUAUCUUCUGCCUAUUCUUUCUUUCCUCCAGUCAUGGAUACGUCGGAAUCUGGGUUGCUUUGACCAUAUAUAUGAGCCUUCGAGCAUUUGCUGGCUUUUGGAGGAUAGGGACCAGAACGGGGCCUUGGAACUUUCUCAGGAGCUGAAUACUGCUUGGUUUUGGUUUUCAACGAUUCACUUCGUUGCUCUUUCAACAAAGCUGCAACUGUUUACAAUGGUUUUCUUCUCCUUGAUGCCAUAUUUGCAGUGAGAUCAGGGCACUAUAUUUACUGCGCUUUUCUGCUGCAUGGUUUAUUAUACCAUCACCUUUAAUGUUACCCCUAUAUAUAGUGAUACUGUGCACAUAAAAUUCGUGGACUUGCACUUGCUAAAUGUUAAUGUACUAAUAAUAUGUACAGAUUUACAAAUAAUAUUGCUCGUCAUCUAGAGUGAAUUAGAAAUCAAGGAAUCAACUCCA